CCGUGUCGGGACCAUGUCUGCGGAGACCGCGAGCGGCCCCACUGAGGACCAGGUGGAGAUCCUGGAGUACAACUUCAACAAGGUCAACAAGCACCCGGACCCCACCACGCUGUGCCUGAUCGCGGCCGAGGCCGGCCUUUCCGAGGAGGAGACCCAGAAAUGGUUCAAGCAGCGCCUGGCCCAGUGGCGGCUGUCAGAAGGCCUACCCUCAGAGUGCAGAUCCGUCACAGACUGAGGAGACGGUGGUCAUUGGCGGCUUCCCUCCAUGAAGACCAUCUGCUGUUUCUCUUCUAGGCUUAAUCAAGCUCUUUUGGUUUUUCAGUGUAGUGUCAUAUGCUCCUCUGUUAGCUGUCCUCCUAUUUAACACAACGUUGUAUUUUUUUUUUUAAUGUACAUAACUAGAAAAGAAAAUAACAAUAGGAAGCUAUGGGCAGCUUCUCUGUAAAGCAGUGGUUUGGCUGGAAGUGGUGUGGCUUGCAUUUCCUUUGGGUCAUGACAGAUGGUGUGAAAAUCAUCUAAGUUUUUUUUUUGACCAUCACCUCCCAGUAACAAUUUACUUUCACCAUCCAUUUCAGAGCAGACAAGGCCUCUGUUGAAAAGAUAACAUGACCAAGAGGGAGAAACAUUUCCUUCUAAUUCUACUUCCCUAAGUCAUUUUCCUUGUGUUUCAUUUAAUACAUUGAAAUUGAGUGAGAAUACAGAGGGAAUUUGAGUUAUUCAGAUUCCAUAAAGCAGUUCCUUGGAUUAUAGCUGAAUUAACUUGGAAAGCACUCAGGCUGGAAGACAGAAACUUCCACUGGCAGAAAAUCAAGUAACUAAGGAAAAAAAUCCACAGAAGUCUUGAAUUUACCUUAUUUAAAUGCAUUUGUUAAAUUCAUUUUGCUAGACAAAAUGAGCGGUGUUUUGUCUCUAAAGUGAUUUUCUAAAUAAAACCUUAACAUUUUGUUGAAAAU